CUGAGUUCAAAAUUUCAACGGUACUGAGAGUCCCGCGGCGGGCUUGUGGCGCUUGGCAGCCAAAACUGUGGCAAGGCUCUUAAUAAGUAUCUGUCAGACAUCAAGAUUUCAGAAGAGACAGGAAAGAGUAUUGUAAUUUGAGUCACGGCUGUAGACAAGUGGACUGGAUAAAUUGAUCAAAACAUAGAAGGUGGCCUGUUAAGAAGAGUGACAUAAAUACUGGGGAAAACCUGCUCUUCUGCAUAAGGGUGACACAAUGUCACAAAUUACAACUCCUUAUUCCUUUGAUGCCCCCUCUGACUUCAUCAAUUUUACCUCUUUGGAUGCUGAGGAAGAUACUGAAAAUGUAGACUCAUGGUUUGACAAGAAGGCCAAUUUGGAGAACAAAUUUCCUGGGAACAAUGGGAUAGGAGAGCUUUUUUCUGCCAAGACUUCCUUGAGAAAAGCUAAACUUCAGCAAGGUAGUACCACACCUUUGAAACCAGGUAAGAAAACAUUUGGUGGAGUGACUAAGGGAUGUACUGUUAUUAAGCCUUUCAAUCUGUCCCAAGGAAAGAAGAGAACAUUUGAUGAAGCAACUUCUGCAUAUGUGCCCCUUGCACAGCAGGUUGAAGCCUUUCAUAAAAGAACCCCUAACAGAUACCAUUUGAGGAGCAAGCAGGAAGGUUUUAGCCUCUUACCCUCCAAGUCAUCUGUGACCAAGAUCUCCACAGACCCUCAGACUCCUAUACUGCAGACAAAAUUACGAGCAAGGCCUGUGACAUGCAAAAGUACUGCUGAGCAGGAAGCAGAGGAGCUUGAGAAAUUACAACAAUACAAAUUCAAAGCACGGGAACUUGAUCCCAGAAUUCUUGAAGGUGGACCCAUCUUGCCUAAGAAACCCCCCGUGAAACCGCCUACUCAGCCUAUUGGCUUUGAUUUAGAAAUUGAGAAAAGAAUUCAGGAGCGAGAUUCAAAGAAGAAAUCAGAGGAUGAACACUUCGAGUUUCAUUCCAAACCUUGCCCUACAAAGAUUUUGGAAGAUGUUGUGGGUGUUCCUGAAAAGAAGGUACUUCCAAUUACUGUUCCUAAGUCACCUGCCUUUGCAUUGAAGAACAGAGUCCGGAUGCCUACAAGAGAAGAUGAGGAAGAGGAUGAACCAGUAGUGAUAAAAGCUCAACCCAUGCCACAUUAUGGAGUACCUUUUAAGCCUCAACUCCCAGAGCCAAGAGCUGUGGAAAUAUGCCCUUUCUCCUUUGACUCUCGGGACAAAGAACGCCAGCUACAGAAGGAGAAGAAAAUAAAAGAGCUGCAGAAAGGAGAGGUACCCAAGUUUAAGGCACUUCCCUUGCCUCAUUUUGAUACUGUUCACCUGCCAGAGAAAAAGGUAAAGAAUGUGACCCAAACAGAGCCUUUCUUCUUGGAGACUGACCGAAGAGGUGCUCAGAAGGAAGAGCUAUGGAAACACCAGCUGGAAGAAGAACUGAAACAGCAGAAAGAAGCAGCUUGUUUCAAGGCUCGUCCAAACACUGUCACCUCUCAGGAGCCCUUUGUUCCCAAGAAAGAGAAAAGAUCUGUUGCUGAGGGCCUUUCUGGUUCUCUAGUUCAGGAACCUUUUCAGCUGGCUACUGAGAAGCGAGCCAAGGAGCGGCAGGAACUAGAAAAGAGAAUGGCUGAGGCAGAAGCCCAGAAAAUCCAGCAGUUGGAAGAGGCUAGGCAACAGGAAGAAGAGCAGAAGAAGGAGGAGCUGGCCAGACUACGGAAAGAACUGGUGCACAAAGCAAAUCCAAUACGCAAAUACCAGGCUGUGGAGGUGAAGUCAAGUGACCAGCCUCUGACUGUGCCCGUUUCUCCUAAGUUCUCCACUCGAUUCCACUGCUAAGCCCAGCUGUGAGCUAUGGAUACCACUUGACAACAGAAGCUGCUUACAUCACACCAGGCGUGGAGACAACUUCUCUAGACUUCUACCACAUCUAACAAAGUUGUGGACAUCAGUUUGCUGAAAUUGUUUUGUACAGUUUUUAGGCUAAUGAGACUCAAUCCAUCUAUGCCUUAGUCAAACAUCUUGUAGUUUAUUUCCUUUAAAUAUCAGUUGACUCUUAAUAUGAUCUUAACUAGAACUUCAAGUCUCUGUGUCAGCACAGUGGAAUUCUGUUUCCUCUUAUCCCCUUCCUUUUUUUUUAUAUAUAUUUUAUUUAGGAAAUAAACAUAGUUUUAAGUCCUGAAAUAGGAUUUAAUUCAUGGUUUUACUGA